GUAAUUUGGGGAAAGGGGGAAACUAAUCUGUCUAUUCCUGUGAAAAGACUUCCUUCAAUCCCAGAUUUUUUUUCUUUUAAAAUUCACACAUUAAAGAUGUCUCGAAGUUGUUUAACAAAACAAAAAAAGGAGAGAAAAAAAAGCCUCACUGAAAAACUAAACUGUGAGGAGGUGAUUAUAGUUAGAGGCACUUAUGUGAAAUUGAACUACUUUUCUUUUUCUUUGAAAUUCCAUCCUUUUCUUUUUUAUAUAUAUAAACAUAAAUGUAGGCAAUAAUGUAAAAAUCUAUGCAGCCCAAGUGUAUUUCUGGUGAACGGCCCAAUCAAGUCAAAAUGCUGUUACAGUACACACUGUAAAUAGAUCUCUAUAUUUCAAAUCAAAUUUACACUGAAAAUGCAUGGAUUUUUUUUUUUAAAAGGUAAUUGUUUUAUAUAAUUGUUUAUAAAGUCAUUAAACUCAAAUCACUGUUUUCACCUGUAACAUGGCUGUUGGCAUCAGUUCACAUCACAUAAAAGGUUUUAUUUGUUUGUUUUCCCCCUCCUUGCCUCUGUUUAUACUUGUAUUUGACUGGUACAAGUUUGGUUAUAGUAACAUCUUCAGCUCAAACUGUGAUUGCCCUUGGUCCGAGUUAUUCCAGUAUGUCCAAUAUAAAUGAUUACAUUACUUAUGUAAUUACUUUACUUCCUCUCCUGCAUACAUUAAUAUUUUUCCUUUCCAGUAAAGGUCCAAUUUCAACAAUUUUCAUUAUCCAUCAUAUUAAAUUGUCAUCUUUAGCCCAAAUGGUUCAUUCUGCUCGUCAGGAAGAUCUGCCAAACCAGUGCAAUGAUAAUGUCGUGGAUCAGUGAAAUAGCUGCUCUGAAUGUUACUUAAGAUUGUGCUUGCUGUUAAUUCUUGUGUUCAACAGGGUGAUUCUUUACACUACAUGAAGACCUGGACCCACAAUAGUGUGUUAAAGCAAGUGGGCGGGACUAGCAGCACAGUUCGUUCCUGAUUGGUCAGACACACCGCGUCAUUUAAAACGCGACACCAUAAACACAAAACAGCCGCCAUUUUUUUUUCUUUUAAGAAAAACAUUACAGAGUAGUUAUUUCUUUUAAAAUGGAGAAAACUGAGCCGUGGCACAACAAGGAGACGAAGACAUUAAUAGGCAUCUGGUCAGAGGAUGAGGUGCAGCGGGAGCUGGAAGGUACUGUACGAAAUCAAAAAGUGUUUCAGAAAAUAUCGCAGCGCAUGUGGGAUCUGGGUUACAACCGCAGCCCUGAUCGGUGUCGAGUCAAAAUCAAGAAACUCAAACAGGACUACAGGAGGCUGAAGGAGUACAACAAGAGGAACGGGACGAACCGGAAGACGAAUCAGUGGUACGAUGCGCUGGACGCGGUUCUGGGUCGCGCGUGCAGGACGGAGAGCGCGUGCAGGACGGAGAGCGCGUGCAGGACGGAGUCCUCCGCUUCACUGCUGGAGGCGGUCAUGAGCUCUAACGGCGUGGAGGACAGAGCGGACACAGACGAAGACGUCUUAUCAGUCUGUAUUGAUCACGCAGAUGACAGGAGCAGAACCAGGAUCAGUUCCCCAGUAACCCUUCCCCUGUCUCCUGGACUGUCCUCUCCUGCGUCCAGUAACAUUACAGCUGAGGAGCCCAGACCGAACCCGCCCCGUGUCAGAGAAAAGAGGAGAAGAGGAUACUCGAACCACAUUGACGCUAUGAGGGAGAUCUUCCUUAUGGCAGAGGAUCGCGAAGACAGACGGCAACGAGUCCAGCAGGAAUUUGAGGAAAGACGACUUCAGGUCCUGCAGGAGUUGGAACACUCAGCUGGAAUUCGGGAGGCAGAGCUAAUCAACACUCUGGCACAGUUUAACCAAGGACUGCUCAGUGUUAUGGGACAACUAGUAUCAGUCAUGGCCAGCAACCACAGUCCUCAACCGCCACCUUAAAUCCUUUUUUUUUUAUAUAUAUAAUUGUUGAAUGCACUUCCACAUUAAUAAUUUAUUUUUAAUUUUUUCAGUACACACUUUCCAGUGUGCUUUAUUGGAAUCUUUGAUUAUAGCUCCUUUAGUUAUUGUUCCUUUUAUUGGGUACAGCUACCAAUAAAAAAAAACAACAACUUUUUAGAUACACAAAUACUCGAUUAGAUCUGAUGUAGGCAAUGGGUCAGUUGCAGUCCAUGAGUGACUCUUACACGGGAGUGUGUGUGGUGCUGGUACGAGGGUAAAAGGCUCAGCUGCUCGGUAGGUGCGCAGCUCAUCUUUUACCAUGUACUGCUUGUGUUCAAGUAGGAAAACACUAAUGUGCAGUUACUCCAGGUCCAGUGUUGGAAUCCUGAAUAAGUUGGGAAAAAAACAUAACAAAAUUUCUAUGGGUGUAACAAUACAUCUUUUUAAAAAAAGGGGGGGGGGGGACCAUGUGAUAUCUGUAAAUUUUCAAUAUCAGAAUUCUGUAAACAUACAGUUUGAACACCAGAGGUCCUAAUCUGCACAUCUCAUGUGAUUGUUCUUUUGUUAAGAGCU